CUCUCUCUCUCUCUCUCUCUUCCUGUCUGAUUUUAAAUACAGAGUCUUGUCCGACUUUUAUUUUUUUUAAUAAUUGACACAGGAUUUGAUCGUACCGAACGAAAGCGAAGAUUCCAUUGACGAAUCCGAGAAGGCGAGAAGGUUCGAAGCUCAGUGACGAUCAUCGUCACCCAAUUUGACUCAAUUCACUUUUUGAGGUUUCCGUAAUUCUCUUUUUUUCCACAAUUUAUCUCAAGUUCGGUUUUUUAGACGGGUUUCAGAAUUUGGGGAAAGAGAUCCAUGGUUGUGUUCGGUUAAUGGAAUAAUUGCUUUGGUUUGAUACUAACAAGACAGGAGACAAACCAUCUUCGUGAAUCUUAUAACAUUAUGUUUUAUUUCAUGCAGUGAAUAAAACAAAAGAUCCAAAGGAGUUUUAAUUUUUGUGUGUUUAUUGAUGGGAGAGGAGAUUUCAAACAGAGUGAACCUGGAUUUGAAUCUGGGGCCUGGCCCUGAGGUAACUAAUGCUUCUGCUUGGGGUAAUGGACCAUUGAAUGGAGAAUCUGAACCUCUGAGAAGGUUUUGGUCGAGUUUAAGACAGGUAGAUGUUCGUCAGGUUCCUCCUGGGGAGACUCAUAGCCCAUUGAUAGAGUUGAGUCAGUUAAUCAUCCCCUCUGCCUUACCAGCUGGCGAGGAGGAGUCUAAGAAGUGCGAGAACGGGAACAAAGUGGUUGAAGAAGAGAAUGUGAGAGAGGAGAAGAGAGUUGUUGAGAAGAGCGUUGGAAGCGAAGGGAGCUUUUUCGAUUGCUAUGUGUGUUUGGACUUGUCUAAAGAACCGGUUGUAACCAACUGUGGACAUCUCUUCUGCUGGUCUUGUCUUUACCGGUGGCUACAGGUCUCGGAAGCGAAGGAGUGUCCGGUUUGCAAAGGGGAAGUAUCGGUGAAAACCUUGACUCCAAUCUAUGGCCGUGGGGAGAAGAACAAAAGAGUCUCUGGAGAGGGGGGUUCAGACAAGAACAAGAAGAUCCCAUCAAGACCUCAAGCGAGGCGUGUGGAGAGUCUGAGGACUACUCUUGAGAGGUCAGGCUAUGUAGGGACGGAAGGGAUUAGACAAAGGGAACCUAGGACAGGAGAAACAACAGCUAGACAAUUUCUUAGCCGGGUUAUGACUUCAAGAGGAGUUAGAGCAGAGCAGAACCAGUCUAGUGCACCACUGGUGGCGGCACCGUUAGAUGAUUUUAGACAGAUGGGGGCAGCCAUCAUCCAGAGGCAGAUGAUGCAGGCAGCAAGAUUGACGGUGCCGUUUUCUCCUGUGUUGACUGCUGCUGAGAGAUUAGAGGAUGCUUAUUUGAUGAGGCAUACGUUUGAUGAGCAGCUCAACAACGUUCCUACUGUUGGUGGGGAGGACAGAGAUUCGUUCUCAAGCAUAAUUGGGGUGAUGAACUCAGAGAGUCAAGUUGAUACUGCAGCUGAGAUUGAUUCUAUGGUGACUGUUUCGACUUCUUCAUCUGUGAGAAGGCCACAUGAGAACAACGGUUCAAGGGUCUCUGAUGUAGACAGUGCAGAUUCUCGUCCACUGAGGAGGAGGAGAUUGGCUUAGAGUGGUUUACGACUUUCAUGCAAUUUUAAUUGUUUUUGUUUAGUUUAGUUUUAUUUUUUGGAUUUUGGAUUUUUGAACUUUUUGGUUUAUGCUUAGGGAUGAUUAUUGAGUCAAAAAAAAUUAAUAAUAUAGUCAACCGCUUAUAUAUAAAAUAUAUCUGUUCAGAUUA